UUCAGUUUACUAUCAGGUGAUAGCCAUUUUACGAGUCUUUGGGCGCAAAUACGUCAACGCCGGUCUGUCUUUUACAAUUUGGCAGUUUCUUCGUACUUCUCCUAUAUUUCGGUUCAGGGUACUAUUGGCAGUGUUUCGGCAACGUUACGCAUACUCGGACUUCUUGCGAAGCAUGCUGAUUUCCUCCACGAAGUAAUCGACCAAGGUCUACGAAUCACGAAUGAGCAUCUCUGGAAAGACAUCCUUCCGCAGCUGUUUGCUCGAUUAUCACAUCCGGUAAAGGAGGUUCGAGAGUCGCUGCUAGGGCUCUUGUCAAGGCUUUGCUACUCUGCUCCACAUGCUGUAGUAUUUCAAGCAGUUGCUGGGGCAUCAUCUAGCAUUGAUCUCUUUUAUGAACAUGCUUUUGAAAGUAUCUAUGAUGACAAGGAUUACGUUAAGGAACGUUGUUGUCGCGUGCUUGUAUCUGUUCUCGAAGAUCACUAUCCUGAUCUUGUAAAGGAUGUUAGAGAAUUCGUUAAUGAGCUGCAAAGAAUCAAUUUGCUCAACGAGGAGAGAUGGACUUUUGUGCUGGCCAAUUUGGAUCACGAAAUGGAAAAACGUUUGGAACAGAUCCGAGCAGAAAGUGAGAAGACCGUGAAUGCUGCUCAUCUGGAUGACAAAACUCGUCUGGAUAUCAUUGUUUACCGAAUCCUCGACGAUCUCUACGAGCGAACUUGCCUUCGAGAACCUACUACGCAAAACGAACGAGCUUUCGUGCAAUUGUAUGGUGAGAAGCUGCAGUCGGUAUUCGAACAAUCUCGCGCCAACAGAAAAAGUCCGGAGAAGUCAUGGGCACCUUUCAAACAUAUGUUGGGAAUACUUCUGCAGAAAAAUUCUCGUCGUGGUGGCCAUUCCUUGCAGAUGCCUGAGAUAUCUCCCAUUCUAAGCGAGCUAUCCAAGAGCAAUAUUCCGAUUCCUGGUCAGGAGAACAUCGAAUUCAGUGAGGUGGUGACAAUUGACCGUGUCCUCAAAAACGCGCUUGUUUUGCCGACGAAGACCAGGCCGAAAAAGAUUGCAUUCAUUGGAAGCGAAGGAAAAGAGCAUAUGUUCCUAUUCAAAGGUCAGGAAGACCUCCACUUAGAUGAGCGGAUCAUGCAAUUAUUGCAUAUUUGUAAUCUCAUGCUUGCUGGUAGUUCUUCAAGUCGAAGCUGGCCCCCAUACUGUGCUCGUCACUACGCUGUGACUCCUCUGGGAACACGAUCAGGUCUCAUUCAAUGGGUUGGUGGUGCAACACCGAUGUUCCACAUCUACAGAAAAUGGCAGCUCAGACAGCGAAAGAAUGGUCUCCCAGCAACAACAGCGGCCCUCGACAUCGACAGGCCAACCGAUCUGUUCCAGAAGAAGAUGCGUGGUGUUUUUGCAGAUAAUGUAAGUUCAAUAAUCGCAGAUCGUUCGAAAUGGCCUCAUGAUUUACUAAGAGAAGUUUUCAACUCAUUGGUGAAAGAAACACCCAAAGAUCUCAUCAGCCGUGAGUUGUGGAUACGCGCUGGAAGUUGUGAUACAUGGUGGCGAGUGGUAUGUCGUUAUGCACGCUCGACAGCGGUGAUGUCAAUAAUCGGAGCCAUUCUGGGUCUCGGAGACCGGCAUCUGGAUAACGUGCUGGUCAACCUCGAUCGAGGGGAUGUUGUUCACAUUGACUACAACAUUUGUUUUGACAAGGGCCGUCAUCUUCGAGUGCCAGAAACCGUUCCAUUCCGCCUCACUCAGAAUAUUCUUCAUGCUCUUGGACCUACGCAAGGAGUAUUUCGUGAAUCGUGUUCGCAAGUGUUGUCAACAUUACGAGAAGGUCGUGAGGUACUGCUGACUAUGUUGGACGCAUUCGUAUACGAUCCACUUGUUGAUUGGGCAGUUUCUGAUCAUCUGACUGCGUCUUCAGCUGCAGUUGGAGUGGCUGUCACUUUGGCUGUAUACGGUAUUUUUGCCUUUUUUAAAAUUGUAGCAAUCGAGGCGAAACCAGUUGCACGGGAGAUGUUUGGUGUGCGAAUACGGGAGAAUACUUCACUCCCUAAUUCUGAUAGGUUAUGGAUGAGAUUUUUUUUGAAAAAAUUGGCAUUCUUUCCUAUUGUAUCACAGGAACGUGUGGAAGCUGGUCGUCGUCUGAAAGCCUCAAUUGCUCGUCAUCAUCACAUAAUGAAAGAUUUUCGUCCGCUUCUUAAAUGUGACGAACGUUUUGCGGCAUACAUUCGUGCAUAUCGCGAACGUUUCUCUGAACCGCUAGUAAAAGCACAUCAACUUCUGGACGCAGACAUGCUCGAUCUAAAUGCCUGUCUUCGUCAUUUCGCGGUUGUACAGAACAACAUUUGCGAUAUAUAUCUUGGCCUCCUGUCCUUGAAUGAAUCUGCGCCGUCUGCUCGACUGUCAUCACCGACGACUCCUGAGCUGCCUCCUGGGUUUGAAGAUCCUCGCCCCCGUCACAAACAACAGCAAGAACAAAAUGCUCAUGCGAAUAAUGUCGUGAGAAGAGUCCGAGCAAGACUUGAAGGCCGAACUGAUUCAUCUGACUUGCAAAAAGUUGUCAGUCCAGUUGAACAGGUGGAUAUACUUAUCAGCCAAGCAACGAACGUCAAUCUCCUCUCUCUGAUGUACGAGGGUUGGACUGCUUGGGUGUGA